UUGAAAAGGCUUUUGGCGCCAGAAAUCCGCAAAAAUGGUCAAGUCAUACUUUAUGAGCACAGCAAGUCUUUCGGCAUUGUCGCAUCCAACACCUCGAACCUCGUCUGGAACGCCCCAGGUCGUGCCGGCAACGGUGCCGGUCAGGCAAUCGUAGCCGCAAAUGAGGAUGUCUUGUGCUGGGAUAUCAAGAAGGGCGAGCUUGUGAACCGGUGGAGGGACGAGAGGAAUACCGUUGCAGUCACCGCGAUCGCGCAAAGCAAGGUCGACAAGGACGUUUUCGCCGUCGGAUACGAAGAUGGAAGCAUUCGGCUGUGGGAUAGCAAGAUCGCGACGGUAAUCGUCAACUUCAACGGCCACAAGUCUGCGAUCACGACGCUGGCAUUCGACAAGUCCGGCGUACGACUAGCCUCCGGCUCCAAGGACACCGAUGUCAUCAUCUGGGAUCUCGUCGCCGAGGUUGGUCAGUUCAAGCUGAGGGGACACAAGGAUCAAGUCACCGGACUGCAGUUCGUCGAACCGGAAGCGCAGGUUGAGGAUGAGGAGAACACACAGGCAAUGGUGCUGGACAGCGACCCGUCGGCGGAGGGCUACCUGCUUACGACCGGCAAAGACUCCUUGAUCAAGCUCUGGGAUCUGUCCUCGAGGCACUGCAUCGAAACCCACAUUGCGCAAACGAACGGAGAAUGCUGGGCUUUGGGACUUUCUCCCGACUAUAGCGGGUGUGUCACGGCCGGAAAUGACGGGGAACUCAAGGUGUGGUCCUUGGACACUGUAGGACUCGCCUCCUUAAAGGGCCAGGUCGACGCACCUCAAUCGGUGAAAUUCUUGCGUGAGAAAGGAACCCUGUUUCGCCAAACCAAGGACAAGGCCAUCGAAGUGGUCUUCCACCCUCGCCGCGACUAUUUUGCAGUACACGGCCCAGAGAAGGCGGUUGAGGUAUGGCGCAUACGGUCGGAAGCGGAAGUCAAGAAGUCGUUGGCGAGAAAGCGGAGAAGAAGGCGCGAGAAGGCGGCCAAGGACGGAAAGGCGGAAGAGGAAGCGGCGGCCGAAGCCGACGAGCAGGCGGAUGACCUGUCAAGCGCAGAGGCCAGCGACUUCUUCGUCUCGUACGUGAUGGUCCGUACUGGUGGCAAGGUGCGAUCCGUGGACUGGGCUGCCACCAGCGGCAGCAAGGAAAUCAACCUGCUGGUCGGAACGACCAACAACCAGCUCGAAUACUACAGCAUACCGACAAAGGAGGGCUCCAAACUGAAGAAAGAUGAGCAGCCCGAUUACACAAGAUCACUAGCGGUGGAUCUCCCAGGACACAGGACAGACGUCCGCGCCGUAUCACUCAGUUCCGACGACAAGAUGCUGGCGACCGCCGCGAACGGUAGUCUCAAGAUCUGGAACAUCAAGACUCAGGCGUGCAUUCGAACCUUUGAGUGCGGCUAUGCCUUGUGCUGCGCGUUCCUGCCAGGUGAUAAGGUUGUCGUGGUCGGCACCAAGACCGGAGAGCUCGAGCUUUUCGACGUCGCUUCUGCAAGCUUGCUUGACAGCGUCUCUGCUCAUGAGGGGGCCGUCUGGUCAUUACAAGUGCACCCGGAUGGCAAGUCUGUGGUGUCUGGUAGUGCUGACAAGUCUGCCAAGUUCUGGGACUUCCGCAUCGUCCAAGAAGAAGUUUUGGGUACCACGCGAACGGUACCAAAACUGAAGCUGGUUCAGUCAAAGACACUCAAGGUCGCCGACGAUAUCCUCUGCGUGCGAUACUCCCCUGACGCCAAGUACAUUGCCGUCUCACUCCUCGACAACACCGUCAAGGUCUUCUUCACCGAUAGCCUUAAGCUCUACCUCAAUCUCUACGGCCACAAGCUCCCUGUCCUGAGCAUGGACAUUUCCUACGACAGCAAGCUCAUCGUCACCAGCUCUGCCGACAAGAACAUCAGGAUAUGGGGUCUCGAUUUCGGUGACUGCCACAAGGCCCUCUUCGGCCACCAGGACAGUAUUCUCCAGGUCGCCUUCGUCCCCCACAACUCAGACGGCAACGGCCACCACUUCUUCAGCAGCUCCAAGGACCGCAGCAUCAAGUACUGGGACGGCGACAAGUUCGAGCAGAUCCAGCGCCUCGACGGCCACCACGGCGAGGUCUGGGCCAUGGCCGUCGGUCACGCCGGCAACUUCCUCAUCACCGCCGCCCACGACAAGUCCAUCCGCGUCUGGGACGAGACGGACGAGCAGAUCUUCCUCGAGGAAGAGCGCGAGAAGGAAAUCGAAGAGCUCUACGAGAAGACUCUCACCACCUCCCUCGAGCGCGACCCGGACGCCGAGGACCAGGACGGCGAGGUCGGCGCCGCCACCAAGCAGACCGUCGAGACCCUCAUGGCCGGUGAGCGCAUCGCCGAGGCCCUCGAGAUCGGCAUCGCCGACCUCAACCUGCUCAAGGAGUACGAGAACGCCAAGAAGACGAACCCGCACGCCCCGCUCCCGCAGCGCAACCCCGUCUUCAUCGCCCUCGGCAACAUCACCGCCGAGGCCCACGUCAUGAGCGUGCUGAGCCGCAUCAAGGCCUCGGCGCUGCACGACGCCCUCCUCGUCCUCCCCUUCUCCACGGUCCCGAUGCUCUUCACCUUCCUCAACAUCUUCGCCAAGCGCUCCAUGAACAUCCCGCUGACGUGCCGCAUCCUCUUCUUCAUGCUCAAGACGCACCACCGCCAGAUCGUCGCGAGCCGCACCAUGCGCGGCAUGCUCGACGGCAUCCGUGCCAACCUCCGCGCCGCCCUGAAGCGCCAGAAGGACGAGAUGGGCUUCAACAUCGCCGCGCUCAAGGUCGUCGGCAUGCAGAUCCAGGAGAGGAGCGUCAAGGACUACGUCGACGAGAACUGGGACGAGGGCGACGACGAGAGCCGGUCUGUCAAGAAGAGGGCGUUUGUGCAGGUGUCUUAG